AUGGGAGUUACUCAUGCCUUGUUGACUGGGAUCAAACGCCUUGUCAGCGCGAGAAGCAAGAAGGCCAAUGGCAUGCAGGAGGUUCGGGAUAUUCUGCUCAAGUCUACGCCUGUACUGCCCAAGUCUCCGCCCGCCUUGCAAGGAGGCUGCUAG